GCAUAUACUCGGGAAUUAGAUUAUGACGUUAAAAACAAACAUGGAGCUGUCGACAUGGGGUUGUUAGUCUUUUUAGGGAUAAACAUUCGUUUUAUUGUUUGAACUAAUGUUGACAAUAAUGGGAACCAAUAGAGUUCACGUUCUGUGUUCGUUGUUGUCAGUUUUAUUUCUUUGCCCGUCCUUGUCAGGUCGAACAGAGGCGGUAAAGUCUUCGGACGUGUAUGAGAGAAAUGACAAGGGAAUGGACGCUCUUCACAAGGAUUAUUCUCUGUCUGACAGCAAGCUUUCAUCAACCAAGCAUGACAUUGAAGAGGCUCGCGAUUUACCCGAUAGACCCGAAGACAUCGCGGCUGUCAGCAAGACAAAUGACACAGAAAUCCACGCAAAUGAUUCAGUCCACUCCACAGCAUUGUCAACCAAGCCAACAAUGCCAGCACCCCCAAAUCCCAAGGCCAUUCUACCUGCGCAAACGGGGGUCCAGGCGCAAGAAGAAGAACAGUCCAAUGGGUUGACCAUAUUCUUUAGCCUUCUAGUCAUUGGUAUCUGCAUCAUCUUGGUUCAUCUGCUUAUUAAGUUCAAGCUACAUUUUCUUCCAGAGAGUGUUGCGGUUGUGUCACUUGGGAUUCUAAUGGGAGGAUUCAUUAAGAUCAUUGAGUUCCAAGAAUUGGCCAACUGGAAGGAGGAGGAAAUGUUCCGACCCAAUAUGUUCUUUCUUUUGCUCCUGCCGCCCAUCAUCUUUGAAUCAGGAUACUCUUUACAUAAGGGUAACUUCUUCCAGAACAUUGGCUCCAUCACCCUGUUUGCAGUGAUUGGUACGGCUAUCUCUGCCUUCAUCGUAGGAGGAGGCAUCUACUUCCUCGGACAAGCAGAUGUGAUCUACAAGAUGACCAUGACAGAUAGUUUUGCCUUUGGCUCACUCAUCUCCGCUGUAGACCCCGUCGCUACCAUCGCCAUCUUUAAUGCGCUCAACGUGGACCCCGUCCUGAACAUGUUGGUGUUUGGUGAAAGCAUCCUUAAUGAUGCGGUCUCUAUCGUCCUCACAAACACUGCAGAGGGCUUCUUUUCCCGCUCCGACACAAGCACAGGCUGGGAGACAUUUCUGCAAGCAGUGUCAUAUUUCCUCAAAAUGUUCUUUGGUUCUGCUGCCUUGGGGACCCUCACAGGACUCAUCUCUGCUCUUUUCCUAAAACACUUUGACUUGAGGAAGACUCCCUCUCUAGAGUUUGGAAUGAUGAUCAUUUUUGCUUACCUUCCCUACGGCCUGGCAGAGGGUAUUUCACUGUCUGGAAUUAUGUCCAUCCUGUUUGCUGGAAUCGUGAUGUCUCAUUACACCCAUCACAAUCUGUCUCCUGUCACCCAGAUCCUCAUGCAGCAGACACUACGCUCAGUGGCCUUUAUGUGCGAGACCUGCGUCUUUGCUUUCCUCGGUCUAUCCAUCUUCAGCUUCCCUCACAAAUUUGAAAUAUCUUUUGUUAUUUGGUGCAUUGUGCUGGUUCUUCUGGGUCGUGCCGUCAACAUUUUCCCUCUGUCAUUCCUCCUUAACUUUUGCAGAGAUCACAAGAUCACACCCAAGAUGAUGUUUAUCAUGUGGUUCAGUGGUUUGAGAGGUGCUAUCCCGUAUGCUCUGAGCCUGCAUCUUGGCCUGGAGCCAAUCGAGAAGCGGCAACUGAUCGGCACCACCACUAUCAUCAUCGUGCUCUUUACUAUCCUUCUCCUCGGGGGUGGCACCAUGCCACUCAUCCGCAUCAUGGAUAUUGAAGAUAGCCAGUCACGGCGCAAGAAUAAGAAGGACAUCAAUCUGAGCAAGACGCAAAAAAUGGGGAAUACCAUUGAGUCGGAGCAUCUAUCAGAACUGACAGAGGAGGAAUAUGAGGCUCACAUACACCAGCGACAGGAUCUGAAGGGCUUCAUGUGGCUUGAUGCUAAGUACCUUAACCCCUUCUUCACCCGAAGGCUCACCCAGGAGGACCUGAUGCACGGACGGAUCCAGAUGAAGACUCUAACCAACAAGUGGUAUGAAGAAGUUCGUCAGGGUCCCUCGGGUUCAGAGGACGACAAUGACGAGGCAGAGCUUCUGUGAAGUGAACACCACACGGAAAUACAAAGCGCUCACGUAUUCCGUAGCAUGUGAGAGACAGACUUGCGUCACAUGCACUACCCUUUUUUCUUUUUUUUUUAACUGCCUCCAUGAUUGUGUGAAGAAUUUGCUCUGGGGUCUGUUCCAUCAUGAGGAAGUUCAGACAAUCUGCACUAGCAAACACUGGGAGGCAAACUAAUUCUGUGAAAAGGAUUGUUCCUUACUUGAAUGCCACAUUGUCUGCAGCAUAAUAAACAGUUGAUUCAGUUCACUGGACAGAAUAUGAGAAGUUCUGUGCAUUUGCCCCUCGUGAAGGGACAGACUCUUUGAAUGUAAAGAAAUAUAAGGAACACCUUGACUUUUUUAUACUGGUUCUGCUUUAUUCAAAGUUUACUUUGUGUCAGGUGAACAAUGUGCAAUAGUGCCAUUUUAUAUUGUAUUCAUUUAUAUUUCUGUCCAGAUUUCUUCCUUUAUAUGCACCCACUGAUUAUUUGAAGCUUACAGAAUGAGGAUGUAAUGUCAAAAGUGCCACAAUGCACACAGCAGCUCUUUGGCAACUAAAGAAUAAAGAGAAGUGUGUGGGGGGGGGGGGGGGGGGCGUUUCAGGCUCAUUAGAAUAUGCUAUAAUUUGUGAUUCUGGCUCCCAGACGACAUGGUCAAUGUUUGUUUAUAUCCCCGGCAAGAUUGCUGUACUUACACUGAGCUUUAAUUACAACUGGAAUUGUGGAGAGUUUACUGUGCAUCGUUAAGGUCAUCUCAAAUGAAUGUCUUUAUUUAAAUGUUUGUGUGUUGAUUCUGGGUUUCAGUGCUUUUUUUACAAUCACCUCAUGGAGUGAGUCAAUAAAAAAUGUCAUAAAUCAA